UCAGUCCAUUGACACGCCGGAACAACAAACCUGUCUAAAGUUUCUUACGGACAAAAUAAACUGUAGCAAACACCUAUCGUUACUGUACGAUUGCAACGUGAAUCUAUGUAGUGUUGCAUUAUAUACAGUUUUUUUCGUAAUGUCAUUAUAAUCAAAAGGCAUAAUAGUGUAACAGGUGAAUGAGAAGAAUGAACCAACAAAGCGCCCAGUCUGAAUAUACAGCUAUCACUCCGUCUAGAAAGCAGUGUGUUUACACCAGCUGCUACUGUGAGGAGAAUGUGUGGAAAUUGUGUGAAUUUGUCAAGGAUCAGGGCACUUGCUCGUUGGAUGAAGUGUAUGCAGUCUUUAUAUCUAAUGAACGAAAAAUGAUACCUAUUUGGAAACAAAAAUCCAGUCGAGGGGAUCAACCAGUAAUCUGGGAUUAUCAUGUUAUUCUUCUCCACGUAAAUAAACAAGGGCAGAGCUAUAUAUAUGAUUUAGACACCAUCCUUCCUUUCCCUUGCUUACUCGAUGUAUAUUCAAAGGAGGCCUUUCGUUCAGAUGAGCAUUUAAAACCUGCUUUCUGGAGAAAACUUCGUGUCAUACCAGGCGACACCUACUUGAAAAAGUUUGCUUCUGAUCGCUCACAUAUGAAGGAUGCUGAUGGGAACUGGCGUAUGCCACCCCCACCAUACCCAUGUUUAGAGACAUCAGAAUCUAAAAUGAAUCUUGAUGAUUUCAUCUGCAUGGAUGCUCGAGUGGGUUAUGGAGAGGUUUACAACCUUUCAGAAUUUGUUCAACAUUUUGGUGUGAAGUAAUUUUUUUUUUUUUUUUUUGCUUUAUCCCAACACUUUGUGUUGACAAAUGUACAUAAACAGUCUCAGGGAAAGAUCCUAUUAGCAUGGACAGUACUGUGACAAAGCAGGCCUUGAAAUACGCAUCCGUUGCCUGUCAAACUUGUUUUUUUUUUUUUUUACUAAUAGAACAGUUCAGAUCCCACACUUUACAACGUGAUUCAUAAUUACAGUCAGGUACAAAAAUCACAGAAAGAAAUGUCAACGUGAAAUAAGCAGGAUGUAACAUUUGUUGAUAAUAUGCAUUCUUUUAUAAAGAAAUCAGUUACACAGAUGUACAAAUAAUAAAAAUGCAGCAUUCAAAAACCAACCAAAUCAAAA